AGUGAGUUUGUCGCUGUCAGUCGGCUCGGCAGUCAGUGCUCUGCUGUCUGCGGAGCGUGGUCACGGAGACGCGUUCCGACCGGGAUGUCCUCGCGGCUCUCCUUCUCUCAGUACCGCUUAGAAGCGGAGGUCGAGCGCUGCCGCGCGGAGUGUCAGUGGGACAAGAUACCGUCCUUACUGGAGCAGCUCGCUGCCGCGCGCCUGCAUGACGACGAUGAUUACAGGACGCUGCUGCUGGCAGAAGCUCUGCUGGAGGAAUGUCUGCUGGAGAACAUGACCUUGCUGAAAAAUUCUACGUUUCUGGCUGAACAGUCACAGCCCAAACUAGCCCGAGCCAAAGCUCACCUCGACAGCAUCCUUAGCAGAGGACGCCUGGAGCCGCACUACCUGAAUGAAGCGCUGCUCCUGCUGGCUAAAGUGCACUAUGUUCAGGGACACUACAGGGACGCCCAGGGCAUGUGUGCCAGAGCAGGAGUGGAUGACUUCACCCGCAACGAGAAGCCCGUCUACCAACUACGCAUGCUGGCGGAGGCCUUUGUCAUCAAAGGCUUGUCUUUGGACCAUCAGUCUAUGUCAGGUGCUUCCCGUGUUAGACUGUCCGAGAGAGAGGAAGAGUGCCUGUCCUGUUACCUCAUGGCCUGUGAUGCUGGCCUGCUGUACCUGCAAGAACUUGACAAGAUUGUUUGCACACCAAGUUCCAAAACUGCUAAAAGCGGUUCACCUUCCCCAAAUUUGGACUUGGAUCCAGGCUUCUUUCUGCAGGCAGCUCUUCAGAGCGCAUACCUGUCACUGCUGAGAAAAGGUCACUUGGCUCAGGGCACUCAGCAGCUGCGGCGGGUCAUGAGGGCUGUGGAGAGUCGGGGCUCUCAGAGUUUUCGUAAGACAGUAGCGCGCAGACUUGCAGAAGUGUUGCUGGGCUCAGUGUGUGAGGAAGCGUACUGGGGUCCACUGUCUCCUCCACCACCCGGCUGGCUGAAGAGAGAAGGAGCCACACACCCCAAAAACACCAUCUACCCCUCGUCCGGACCGCCACAGCACUACAACACUGAGGGAGCUUUCUGUCCACAGGACGUGGUUGAAGAGGCGGUGCUGGUGCUCCUCAUCACAGAAUCAAUGGCCAGUGGUGAGGCGGUGAUCAGCCGCACACCGGAGCAUCAGGAGGCGAGGGAGAGCAGCAUGCAGGACGCCUCCUCUGUCUAUGACCUGCUGAGCAUCGCCAUGGCCAGGAGGGGGCAGUACGCCAUGCUGUCAGAGUGUUUGGAGCGGGCAAUGAAGUUCUCCUAUAAUGAGUUUCAUCUUUGGUACCAGCUUGGCUUGUCUUUGAUGGCAAGUGGGAAGAACGAGAGUGCAGUGUCAAUGCUUAAAGAGUGUGUAGCAAUGAAGCCACAGGACCCGAUCCCACCUCUGCUUGCUGCAAAAGUGUGCAUUAACCAGCUGCACUGGCUGGAGGAUGCAGUGUCCCUCUCAGCAGGUGUGGUUGCUUUAGGAGGGGGUGCUGGAGAGUCCCUUCCUCGAGCUCAUCUGGCCAUCGGACUCUGCCGUAGUCUGCAGGCCUCUGACGCUACGCUGAAAGCCGAUCGCGAUGAGUUCAACAGAAGAGCGCUGCAGUCACUACGGAAAGCACAUGCACUGGACCCUGGGGACCCUCAGAUCUCCUUCUACCUCUCUCUGCAGCUCGCUCUGGUUCGACAGGUGUCAGAAGCGAUGGAGCCAUUGCAGUCAGCUCUGAAUAUUUGUGGGGAUGAUCUUCACUCUCUACAUCUGCUGACUCUACUGCUCAGUGCCCAGAAACACUACCAACACGCCCUUGAUACUCUUAAACUCACCAUUAACCAGCACCCGGACAACUUUAAUCUUCUCUUUACCAGAGUGAAGCUGGAGGAGGUUUUGCUGGGACCCGCUGCAGCGUUACAGACCUGUGCAGAAAUGCUGCAGCUGUGGCAGAGCCGCUAUGAUCCGACCCGCCUCAGCGAGGAGGAUGACACUAGCAGCAUACCUCCUGAUCCCGGGCCGCUGAGCAAGAAACCCGGCAGCGGCCUCCAUCUCACGCUCCCAGACUUCCAGGAGACAGAGACCGGGUCUCAGAGCGCCCCGUCUCUAGCUGUGUCCCGUCUGGAGCAGGCCAUGUCAGAGGUGUCAGCCAUCAGCUCCGCCCACAGGCACGGCCCCGCCUACAUCUGGACCACUCUGGAACGCAUCUGGCUGCAAGCGGGAGAGUUGUUCAUGGCUGACGGGCGGAUGAAGGAAGCUCAGUUCUGUGUGCAGGAGGCAGGAACUCUCUUCCCCGCCUCACACUCAGUGCUGCUGCUCAAGGGCCGCGUGGCCGAGCUCAGGGGCAACGACACGGAGGCCAAGAGCCUGUAUGAUGAAGCUCUCGCCAUCAACCCCAGAGGACACCACAUACUGCUGCACCUGGGGAAGUUGUUAGUGCGCACAGGCCGCAUGGGUCUCGGGGAGAAGAUGCUGAGGGAUGCGAUACAGGUGGAGAACACAGCACACGAGGCCUGGAGCAGUCUAGGGGAGGCGCUGCAGAGCAGAGGCAGUGCACAGGCUCCCGACUGCUUCCUCACCGCACUGGAGCUGGAGUCCAGCUGCCCCAUACGGCCCUUCAGCAUCAUCCCACGAGAACUCUGACAUAUCUCUCACACUCAUACACGUGUGUAUGAAUGACAGGAGCGAAUGCUGGUCUUCAAUCACUUUAACGACACAUACUGUAUCACAAUAACUUUGAACAUUUAGGCUUUUUACUCUAAUGAAAUGGAAUGAUCUAAAGGUGUGGUCACAUAAGUGAAAUAUCUGCAAAAUUUAAGGGAUAAAAACAGUCUGUUGUCAAUAGAGAUGUAUAAAGCAUUGAUCACCCAGAUAUUUUUUUCAAAACAAACUCAAUUUUCACAUGACCAACUCAAAUGUGAGUGGAAACUGGGUAGGGAACUUUUUCGACUCUUUUUCCAGUUAUGAAAAUAACUGGAUUUCGCCUGCAAAAUUUCACAAAGCAACUGUAAAUGUGAACACUCAUUGAACACAUUUAUUCAGUAGCUAAAGGCACAAUCACAUUAGCUAAUUUUAAUGGCCAUAAAAAGUCCAUUGUGAAUUGUGUAUGAAGCACUGUUCACCCAGGAAUUACCUUUCAAACCAGUCAGCUUUCCAUUGCUUGAUGUGGUGAAUUCACAUGAAAAACUUGAAUCUGAAGAGAAAUCUGCAUAUGGGUUGUUUUUGCCGUGGUAUAAAAUUCUUACAUUUCUAUUAAAAUGCCUAUGAAUUUAAACCAGCAACAGUAAGUGUGACCUUAAACACAAUGUCACUUUCAAACCAAGCAGCUUUCUGUUUGUCAACACAGCAUGUUUGCAUGAUCAAAUUGAACAAAAGUAUAAUACGCAUAGGUAACUUUUUUAGUGUUUUUUUUUCAUGAACCUUCCAGUCAAACUUCCAAUUGGAUUUCUAUUAUAAUAACUGGAUUUAGCAAACCCUCUUUAAGCAUAAGAGAAAAGUACUCUCAGGAAUCACUGAAGAUGCACAGCGAAUGUUUUUAUUUUUAAUUAAAAAAUUUUUAUUUUUACAAUUUAUGGGAGAAGAUAAUUUAAAUUAAUAACGCAACAUGAUUUACUAAGGUAUGUGUUAGUGAAUUUCCUGCUUUCAUUUGCGGCAUUAUUUAACGCCCCACAAAAGCAUUUUGCUGUGAUUGUUGCUGCCAGUAGGAGGCACUGCAGAGAAUAGCGCGUGAAGUAGAAGGGAGCACUUUUGAAAUGCCAGCGGAUUAGCAUCGGCUCAGCUUGUUUACGAUUUUAUGCUAAUUUUUCUGCUCUUGGUAGAUUGCUUUGGUGAUUGUGGAAAUAAAGCGUUGCGUCUGUGUUCUUCAUUUACAACAUUUUCAGUAAAUCACUUACAGAAUUUUCCACUCCCAUUUGUGCUUUUUCCUGUGCUAAUUUGCCUUGUUUAGUAAAUCUGGCCUUCAGUCUUUUGGAAGCUAACCAAAUAGCUAACAUGUUUUGCAGCUCCUUUAAGCGUAAUGAAAAACAUAUAAGCCCAGGGUUAUGUGUAGUGUAAAAAGUCUUUAUUAUUAUAUAAUACACUGUACACACAGCACUAAAAUAGCGCCGCCCUUGUGACCAAAAUAUAAACACAACACAGAAUGACUGAACACAACUCAUUUUCUUUCUACCUGCAAACAUUUUUGAAAAUAUGCUGCAACAUAUUCAGAUACCGAGUCUUGUUUCUCAGGGACAAAGCUGUUGAAUUCUUGACUCUUUAAAUUCUUUAGUAUUUAUAAACCUAAUAAUCUUCUGUACUGUACGUUGUUUAAAAAUUCUUCUCAUAAAGAGUUAUUUUGCAA